AUGGUCACGAAGAAAAGCGUGGACACAGAGAAGGAAAAACUAGCGAAAAAUAUGUACUCCAGCUCCAGCAGUGGCGGCGCAGGACUUCCGCCGAAGUCUGGCCCCAGCGGGGGCGGCAAUCCGACGCAAGCGGUGGUCAGCUUCAGUGCAGGUACGGUGGUCAAUAGUAGCCACGCCGUACAGCAGCAGCAGCAGCAGCAGCACCAUGCCGUACCGCCCGGCCAGGAUGCGCCCAACAUUUUGGUGUACAAAAAGAUGGAGGCCAUCGUGGAGCGGAUGCAGACCGAGGGCAGCGGCGUGUCGGUGCGCACGGUGAAGGCCUUCAUGAGCAAGGUGCCGUCGGUGUUUACCGGGGCCGAUCUGAUCCAGUGGAUCAUGGCGAACCUGACGGUGGACGACAUCAGCGAAGCGCUCCACCUGGCGCACCUGCUGGCCUCGCACGGGUAUCUGUUUCCGAUCGACGACCACCAGCUGACGGUGCGGAACGACGGCACGUUCUACCGCUUCCAGACCCCGUACUUCUGGCCGUCCAACUUUUGGGAGCCGGAAAACACCGACUACGCCAUCUAUCUGUGCAAGCGCACGAUGCAGAACAAGACGCGCCUCGAGCUGGCCGACUACGAGGCGGAGAAUCUGGCCAAACUGCAGAAGAUGUUUUCGCGCAAGUGGGAGUUCAUUUUCAUGCAGGCCGAGGCGCAGAGCAAGGUGGACAAAAAGCGGGACAAGCUGGAACGGAAGGUGCUGGACUCGCAGGAGCGUGCGUUCUGGGACGUGCACCGGCCGAUGCCGGGCUGCGUCAACACGACCGAGAUGGACAUCAAGAAGGCGUACCGGAAGGGCGCCUCGUCACUCGGGUCCGGCUCAGCCGGUACGGCCGCCCACAGCAAUCCGGCCGAAACGAUGACGAAGACGAUAACGCUGCUGAAGCAGAAACUUGAUCGUCGCACGAUCAAGGUGUCGAAGGUUGCCGAAUCGUACAUUUCGUACUACGAACAGUACAGCGAGUUUGACUACUUCCUUGCGCCGCCAGAGCAUCCCAAUCCUUGGCACACGGAUAACACGGAAUUUUGGGACGCCGAGAAGCUUGGCAAGGACAUUCCGAUGAAGCGGGUCAAGCGCUGGGGCUUCAGUCUGCGGGAGCUUCUCAACGAUCCGGUGGGCCGCGAGCAGUUUACCAAGUUUUUGGACAAGGAGUUUAGUGGUGAAAACCUAAAGUUCUGGGAAGCGAUACAGGAAAUGAAGGCGCUACCACAGUCGCAGAUAAAGGACGCGGCUCACUCGAUCUGGAACGAGUACCUGGCCCCGGAUGCCGCUUGCCCCGUGAAUAUCGACUCGAAAUCGCUCGAGCUGGCCCGGGAGGUGGUGAAGGAGGGUGCCGCGCAGCCGAGCCGCUGGUGCUUCGACGUGGCGGCCGAUCACGUGUUUUAUCUGAUGAAGAGCGACUCGUACUCGCGCUUCCUGCGUUCGGAUAUGUAUAAAGACUGUCUGAAUGGUUCCAAGAAAAAGACAUCCGUCAAGGGACUACGAAUAUUUUCCGGAAGAAAAGAUACGCCUGUGAUAAAUUAACUUGUGUUUGCCGAAUUUGUUUUUACACAUAUCGAUUAAAUUGUUUUUUUAACAAAACAACGUUUUUUGUUAUGCAAGCUUCCGGGGGAAGUGAA